AUGACGCUUGCUUGGUCUUGUGCCGACUUUGUUAUCGGCAUUGCCAACAUCCUAAACACCAAACAAAUCACUGCUCAAGGGGCAUAUGUAGGCCUUUAUUGUGCUUUUUUUGUUGCAGCAACAAUAUUCAAUCUAUUCGGUUUGAAAGCAAGCUCCUAUCUGAAUAAGUUUGUUCUCGUUUGGGUUGGUAUAGGCACUAUCCUCAUUAUUGUUGCAGUUCCUGCUAUGGCGCCAACACACCAGAGUGCCAAAUGGGUAUUCACUGAAUUUAUCAAUAGAACGGGCUAUACCAAUAAAGGAAUGGCAUUCCUGCUAGGCUUACUUCAGUCGGGCUGGACAUUAGUAGGCUAUGAAUGCGGUGCACAGAUUGUCGAAGGAACAAAGAAAGCCGAUAUCACAGCACCCCGGGGAAUCAUCAUUUGCGUUUUGGGGGCCAUUAUUCAAGGAUUUGCGCUUAUUCUCAUUACUUUGUUUUCCAUUCAAGACGUAGACAGUAUCCUAGACUCAGCUAUGCCCGUAGCUACUUUUUUUAUACAGGCGACACGUAACAGUGGGCUCUGUGUAUUUUUCUUGGUCAUUAUGCUUGUAGCACAAUUUUCAUCGUUAUGUAAUUCUAUGCUGGCUACUGUGCAUAUAUUCUGGGCUCUCAGUAGAGAUCGCUGCUUCCCUUACUCUGGAGUGAUUUACCAACUUAACGAAAAGACGCGAGUCCCUGUGAAUGCACUGAUAUUACAAUUAGUAAUCUCAAUAUCACUUAUCAUGCCGGUUUUUGGCUCAGAAGUAUAUUGGCAAGCGAUCAUGAGUGCAGCCGUUAUUUGCAUCAAUGUCUCCUAUGGCCUGCCUCUGCUCUGUCGUCUCUUUGGCGUUCGAGAUGAAAUGCCAAAGGGUCCCUUUAGUUUGGGAAAACUUAGUAUACCUUUGAACAUCAUCAGCAUAGUUUGGGUGUGCUUCUUCAGUGUCAUUCUAUGUAUACCAUCUGUGUCACCUGUGACAGCAGAAACCAUGAACUGGGCAUCUGUAAUGAUUUGUGGCAUUAUGGGAUUUUCUAUCAUUUUUUGGUUAAUAUCCGGUCGAAAGAAUUAUACAGGGCCAGUGGAAAAUUCAACAGAUUAA